AUGACUACUACUCCGACUACUACUACUACUACUACUACUACUACUACUACUACUACUCCGACGACUACUACUACUACUACUACUACUACUCCGACGACUACUACUCCGACUACUACUACUACUACUACUACUACUCCGACGACUACUACUCCGACUACUACUACUACUCCGACUACUACUACUACUACUACUACUACUACUACUCCGACUUCUACUACUACUACUACUACUACUACUACUACUACUACUACUACUACUACUUACUGA